AUGGCGGAAUUCAAGGAGGCGUUCUCGUUGUUCGAUCAGGAUGGCGCCCUCGCCGAGCACGCGUACCAGAUCGUCGAGGGGUCUCAGCAGAAGGUGCUCACCGAUUUGAUGUUUAUUCCCGCAGUUUCUUCCCGCCACGGGCAAGAGGAUCUUUGGUUGGAGUCGGCGUGUCGCUAUCAAUUGUUCGUGUGUUCCCUCAUCGGCUCCAUCAUCGAUGGGUUCACCGCCGCGUUCGCGGGGAACGCGCUCAUGCACUCCUGCAUGCCAUCCAUGGCAACGGGCCCAUAUACUUUCGCAUCGCUUCUGGUAGUGACUCUGAUUUGGGUGACGACGCUCGGGAUCUCCCAGAUCGUCUUCAAUGGCAAGAUGUUGUUUCUCAUGAGACUGGCUGGGCCCUUUCCAGUGGCCUGCGCCAGCUUUCUCGUCAGGAGGCCCGCAAGCUGCAACUCUGUAGGGUGA